AUGGCGCUAAAGAGACCAUCUUUGAGUCUCUGUUUAGGGUUUUUGUUAAUUUCUUUGAUAGUACCAAGUUCUAUAGCUAGAUUUGUUGUUGAAAAAAAUAGCUUGAGGGUUACAUCACCAGAUAAAAUAAAGGGUACUUAUGAUAGUGCAAUUGGGAAUUUUGGGAUACCCCAAUAUGGAGGUAGUAUGGCAGGUGCUGUUGUGUAUCCAAAAGAUGAUAAGAAGGGUUGUAAAGAGUUUGAUGAGUUUGGGAUUUCGUUUCAGUCGAAGCCUGGUGCUUUACCCACUUUUGUUUUGGUGGAUCGUGGAGAUUGCUUCUUCGCUUUGAAGGUCUGGAAUGCCCAGAAGGCUGGGGCUUCUGCAGUGCUUGUUGCGGAUAACAUGGAGGAACCAUUAAUAACCAUGGACACACCUGAAGAGGAUGGUUCAUCUGCAAAGUACAUUGAGAACAUAACAAUACCAUCUGCUCUUAUUGAGAAAAGUUUUGGUGAAACAUUAAAGAAAGCACUUAGCAAUGGGGAUAUGGUAAAUGUGAAUCUUGAUUGGAGAGAAGCUGUUCCACACCCAGAUGAUCGUGUGGAGUAUCAGCUAUGGACCAACAGCAAUGAUGAAUGUGGGGUUAAGUGUGAUAUGUUGAUGGAAUUCGUGAAGGAUUUUAGGGGUGCAGCACAGAUACUCGAGAAAGGUGGUUACACUCAGUUUACACCCCAUUACAUUACUUGGUAUUGCCCUCAAUCAUUCACCUUGAGCAGGCAGUGCAAGUCGCAGUGCAUAAAUCAUGGAAGAUAUUGUGCUCCUGAUCCUGAACAAGACUUCAGCUCAGGUUAUGAUGGGAAAGAUGUUGUUCUUGAAAAUUUAAGACAGCUAUGUGUUUUUAAAGUGGCAAAUGAGACCAAGAAGCCUUGGGUGUGGUGGGAUUAUGUAACUGAUUUUCAAAUCAGAUGUCCCAUGAAGGAGAAAAAGUACAACAAAGAAUGUGCUGAUGCUGUAAUCAAAUCUCUUGGGCUUGAUAGUAAAAAGAUUGAUAAGUGUAUGGGAGACCCAAAUGCUGAUUCUGACAAUCCUGUUUUGAAAGAAGAGCAAGAUGCCCAGGUUGGAAAAGGAUCGAGGGGUGAUGUAACCAUAUUGCCCACCCUUGUUGUCAACGAUCGUCAAUAUCGAGGAAAGUUGGAGAAAGGUGCUGUUCUAAAGGCCAUAUGCUCUGGUUUUGAGGAAACAACAGAGCCAGCAGUUUGUUUGAGUGGUGAUGUGGAGACAAAUGAGUGCUUGGACAAUAAUGGGGGUUGUUGGCAAGAUAAAGCAGCCAACAUUACAGCCUGCAGGGACACAUUUCGUGGGAGAGUAUGUGAGUGCCCUCUUGUCGAUGGUGUGCAGUUCAAAGGAGAUGGUUACAGCCACUGUGAAGUGAGUGGAUCUGGGAGGUGCAAGAUAAACAAUGGAGGCUGUUGGCAUCAAUCCCAGGAUGGACACACGUUCUCUGCUUGUUUGGAUGUUGAUGGUGGUAAAUGCCAGUGUCCUCCAGGAUUUAAAGGUGAUGGUGUGAAAAGUUGUGUAGAUGUUGAUGAGUGCAAAGAGAGAAAAGCCUGUCAGUGCUCUGCAUGUAGUUGCAAAAAUACUUGGGGAAGCUAUGAAUGCUCUUGUAGUGGGGAUCUUCUGUAUAUCAGAGACCAUGAUACCUGCAUAAGUAAGAGCGGUACUGAAGGGAAAUCAGCAUGGGCUGCGUUUUGGGUAAUUUUGAUAGGCCUGGCUAUGGCUGCUGGUGGAGGAUAUCUUGUCUACAAAUAUAGAUUGAGGUCAUACAUGGAUUCGGAGAUAAGAGCCAUCAUGGCACAGUACAUGCCUCUGGACAGUCAAGCAGAAGUUCCAAACCACGUCAAUGAUGAGCGGGCUUAA